UGUCAGAAUUAAUGAGAAAAGUUCCCUUGCCCUAGGGGUAAUUAGUGUCCUUGGAGUUAAAUAAGCUAAUACUUAGACACCUCUGGCACAAGCAAUUAUGUUUGUGUAUUGAAUAAUUGAUUCAAAGAGGGGGGAAGGGCUGCUAAUCAGAUCUGAGCAUAAUGAAUUGAUUUAAUUAACAGGGGAAUCCGAGGGUCUCAGGAAACUGCGCGCAUUUAUUCAGUAGCAGCAGAGGCGAGCGCGGCACAUAAACUGGGAGAGAGGUGGCGUGAGUUUGCUUUUAGCAGUUGUCAGAUUUGCAAUUGGAUUUGUUUGAAUAUAGUUGCUGUUUCGGAGCAAAUGAGAGCGAGAAAGAGAGAAUAUUAACAGCGAGGAGAGCUCACCCGUUCAGUCUGAGCGUCUGAUCCGACCGUGUGUGCUCAGUUACAGAUAGGCGACACUAGAUUUAUAUCGCUUUUCAUUGUUUUGCCCUUUUUUUUGACUCGCAUGGAAUUUAUCAAGAGCAACCAGCGCUGUUUGAUCGGUGUUUAUUUGCAUUACAGUUCAGUCCGGAUAGGGGGCUUUCGUUGCGUAUAUCACCUUAUACCGCGCAUGAAUUAUUAUUGAUAGUAGGGGGGAAAACGUGCAGACGGUAAUUCAUCUUUCCAGGGUUUUUUUUUUUUUUGGUUGAUCGAGGCGUAGUCUAGUCAGCCGCGCGUUUCAAAGCCAUUUCCAGGAGAAGCUCGGAGCAGACCGAGCGGUGCAGCCUGCUGGAGCCGAGGACGGAUCGCCCGGGGAAGGACUCCUCGUUCCUCAGGACGAUGGUGUUGGACAAGGAAGAGGGUGUGCCGAUGCUCUCCGUCCAGCCCAAAGGGAAACAGAAGGGGUGUGCUGGCUGCAAUCGCAAGAUUAAAGACCGCUACCUGCUCAAGGCCCUGGACAAAUACUGGCAUGAGGACUGUCUGAAAUGUGCCUGCUGUGACUGCCGCCUGGGGGAGGUGGGCUCCACCCUCUAUACGAAAGCCAACCUCAUCCUCUGUCGCAGGGACUACCUGAGGCUCUUUGGUACAACAGGGAACUGUGCUGCCUGCAGUAAACUGAUCCCAGCCUUUGAAAUGGUGAUGAGAGCCAGAGAUAAUGUUUACCAUUUGGACUGUUUUGCCUGUCAGCUUUGUAACCAGAGGUUUUGCGUGGGGGACAAGUUUUUCCUAAAAAACAACAUGAUUUUGUGUCAAAUGGACUAUGAGGAGGGUCAGCUGAAUGGGAGCUUUGAGACACAGGUUCAAUAAUUGGAACCCCGUGGCAGCAACAAUCAGCUCCACACUUUACACACAAGAUGGAUGUUCUGCUGCACUUGGAAAAAGACAAGCGUCUGUCUGCUUGCCUGCAAUACUUUUUAAGACCCCUUUAUCAGUCCCUAAGGACUCUAUUGUAAAUGUUCAACUUUUUGCCCCUCCCACACCCCAACACUGAGCAGUUACAAAUUUUGAUGUACAGUUGUGCCUGCUUAGCUGAGCACUGUAUUGCUUGUAUGUUUUGUGAAAUUUGUUUCAGGUUUGUUUUCUUUUUCUUUAGAAAUGGUUCAUUGGAGGGUAUGUACAGUCUGUUUUCUCUGUAUAUAUAAACUGGAACAUUUAUUUUAUGAAAUGUAAUGCAAUUUUAUUACUAGUGUGAAUUAAAGAUUCUUAAAUGUU